AUGUCCGCUCCAUCCGAAGAGCCCAAGCCGAAGCGUCGGCAAAACGUAGCUUGUAGUUGUUGUAAACUACGACGUAUCAAAUGCGAUUUAUCCGACUUACUCUACUCACUUCCAUCUUCUUCGACUCAACCACCUCCACCGCUUAGUGUACUGGUAGAGCAGCAUCCGGAAGUUGGAUGUACGAAUUGUAAGAGGAAGGGAUUGAAGUGCGAUACGCAAGGUAUAAGGGAACCUACUCGACCAAAUAAAGGUGGAAAGAGGAUUGAAGAGGCAAAAAGGAAGUUUGGUGAAGAGCAACAGAAGAAACAAGAUGGACAGGUACCAAUUGAUAUGGGGUCAGAACCGAGUGAGACCGAAAUACCUCUCGAUAUAAUGGAAUUCCUCAAUAAUCAACCUAUCAACCAACCAUCAGAUUCUUUCCAAGCGACAUAUCUAUCUCAAGAUGCACAGACAUCUGUAAGCCCACUGGAAACAGCAUCGGGGCCAUUACCGGAUCAGACUAUCAAUUCGCUGUUCGAUCCCACGGACUUACAGACGUUCAACUUCAAUCCUGACCCAUCACCAUCAAAUCCCUCGCCGCUCAUCAAAACGCCUGGACCAUCCUCCAGCAGCUCGCAGCAAGCAGCGUCAAUAUGGCAGCAAUUUGCCAACAAUCGGAAAGAAGCGAUGUACCUCGUUCGUACGACAGGUCUGACACCCGGGGCGGACGGUGUGCAAAUAAGUGAAGAAGAUGAUGAUUUGAUGGGUGGACUUCAGAGUAGAUUGUCAGCUUAUAUGACCGAAAUGCAAUCACCAUCACCAUCGUCCAACUCCACCACCUAUCAGGGUAUCUCAAGAUCAUCGUCUUCGACGACACCGCUAGCUGUACCUGGGAAUUUACUGGGAAUAAACUAUAAUGCUUAUAACAAUCACUACGAUGACUCUCUUAAUGGUGAUACAAGAAAACGCUCAAGGUGUCCAUAUAAUUUGGACAGCCAGAGUCGGAAGAUGGUCCUUGUAUCCUCGAAUCCGUGGAGAUUAUACUCGGAAGCUGGAGGUGGACAGAUGAUCACCUGGGGAAGGAGGGAAGCUGUAUCGGAACAAUUGGCUGAUAGAGCUUUGGGGAUGGCAUUAAGUAAUCACUUAGUAAAAGUUUUCUUCCAAGCUGUUCAUCUCUCUUAUCCUGCGAUAAGCCCCGAAGUGUUUUACCUCGAAUGGAUCAGAGCAGGUCAGAGGUCAGAUAGGAUGAGUCCGGCGCAGGAAGCUCUCUGCGCGGUGAUCGAAGCGUGGGGUGCUAGGUAUUCCGAUUCUCCUGUUAUAUUAGGCUUGAGCGAAGCCAAAGCACACGCUGCUCCCAAAGUCAUCAAGGCCGAUGGUACAUUCACGCCGGGCACUCGAGCCAGAACGCACUGGGGAACAGCUCGUAUAGGAGCCUGUAAAGCUCUGUCAGCCCGAGCCAAGCGCCUCAUCGACGAGCAUGGACUAUUUCGGACGCCUAGUGUAACAGGUGUCCAGGCUCUGACACUGUACAGUCAGCUGAUGCAAAUGACGGACGAGAAGUUGCUCGACAAAGAUUACUGGCUGCAGACUCGUAUGAUCCACUCCACCGUUAUCGAGCAGAUGCAACUUCUCGGCUUAAUGUGGGAUGCUGAGGGACCAAUCAUGACUGAUGUCAGCGAGGCUGCGGUCAGCUACUCCCAGCUGCAGAUGAAGCAACGAAGAUUGUUCUGGACCCACAUGAUUGGUGAUGCCUUUUUCUCUGCUGCAGUCGGAGCUCUUCCUAAAAUUCCCCAGGAGGACAUUGAUGCAGCUGGAGAAUGGGUAGAAACAGUUCAAGAUAAAUUACCACAGUCAUCAUUCAAGCUGCUCGCUUUCUUCCUUUCCAUCUAUCACCGACUGGGAUUAGCAGGUCGGGAAGUCGCGACCCAUAUCGCGUAUCCGCUAAGAAAGAAGGGCGCAGCAGACGUAGGUAAGAUAUGCAUGACAGUUAGAAAAACAUGGAGGGAUAUCGGAGAAAUCAGCAGAGACCUAAAAUCACAGGUGACGCAGCAGCUAAUGGCUUGUAAAAAGGAAGAUUUACUGGGCUUCUCACCACUGAAUUUCUUCGCGAAUCUCCGACUUUCCUGCCCUUUCCUCCUUCUGGUAAUUCAUCAAUUAAUUCGUGAUCAAUUGGCAUUCUGGAAGAGCUGUCAGCCACCCUCUGCUCCAGCAUUCAUAAGUACUCCAACCGAUCGAUCAUCUUCGACCACACCUUCGUCCAAGCCCGGACAAGGACAAGGUACUCCUCGCAUUGUCCAUAAUUUAGAACUGCUUGAAAGGUUGACUAAAGAGAGCGUCGAUGGAUUGCUCUUCAGCUGUAGAGGUCAGAUCUCAAUGCUCAAGGCCAUUCUACCUACUGGUGUCAUACAGUCUGCAUCUAUCCUGUUGAGAGUUCUGCUAGCUACCGCGCAACUUUUAGCGGAAGUUCCUACCAACGAACAAGGAUACCCUGAUCAUACUCCCGGAGGACAUGGUUGGACGUGGGAAGCGAAACAAAAAGAGAUGGACAUCUGUCUGGAAGCACUACAUCAGGUUGGAUGGGCGUGGGCAGAUGUAGCCGAAGUCUGUGAUUCCGUAGCCCUGACCAUGGAACGCAUGACACCUUCCCCCGAGGAGAUCUUCGCCUGGAACUCGAGACAUCAGCACACAAACGAAAGUCAAUCGCGCGAGCAUGUAGCUCGGAUGAAAGAGGCAGAGGCCCAAGCGAGCGUAAACGCCGUCGAAGCUGUACUGACAUUCUGGCCUCCUGUCUCCAUACCAAAUUUGAUCGAACAUGCCCUACAGAACGAUCCAAAGGCUUUACUAAAUUCAAGUUUACCUGGCAUGCUGUCCGACUCGCAGCAGUCCCACGUAGGUAUUUCGAAACAACAUACUUCAGUACCAAACCCUGGGCACUUUUGGCCAGACAGAGGGGAUCAGGCAUUCAUCAAUGAACGUCUCAAUGACGCACGACACACACCAUUCCCAGGAGUUGCACCGGGCCAAAUGGGACAUCAAAAUCUAUCAGGGAAUGAUCUGUCAGGUUCGGAAGAGAACCGUGGGUUUCAUACGUUAUCGAUGCCGUCUCAGUUCCUUGAUGCGCAUUUCGUACAGCCGCAUCAGAUACAACAGCCACAGCAACCGCAACCGCAGCCGCAACUCACCACGUCCUCUGAAACUUUGGAUUUCACCUCGUUGCUCAAUUUUGGGACUGUUGGCGGUAACAACGAUGCUGAAAUCUAUGAUGUGUCGACGAAUCACGAUGGACAAGUGGUAGGAGACAACGGGCAGACAGAACAAUUGGAUAUAGAUACGUUUCUCAAAGAACUGGGAAUACCUCAUAUAUCAUGA